AUGGCGGCGACCGCGCCGAGGCGCCGGGCUGAGGUUGGCGUGACCUUUGAGGACAUUGCCCUGUACUUCUCCAGGGAGGAAUGGAGCCUCCUUGAUGAGGGUCAGAGACAGCUGUACCUGAAUGUGAUGCUGGAGAACUUUGAACUUGUAUCCUCGCUGGGAGCAGCAAAUGAGCAGCACUUGAGAGAGAAGCCUUUGAUGAGAAGUGUGGACAACAUCUCACUUGCAAAGGGCUGCCAUUUCAGUGUGUCUCAGAAGCAUUUUACCUGUGGAGAGGUGGUGCAGGACAUCCUUACCGAGUCAGGACAUCUCCAGCAAAAGACUACUCAGACCAGGGACAGACCAAAUGACAUCUCGAUUAGUGGGGUGAGGUUUCAAAAGAGAAAAACUUAUUACUCCAGAAAAGAAUGUAAGAAAGCCAUUGGCUGUAACCACACAUUUCUUCAGAACAAGGAUGUCCAUACUGGAAAAGUGGGUUUCUGGUGCAGUGAAUGUGGGAAAUCGUUUACCAGAUUUUCUACUCUUCGUUAUCAUCAGAAAUUUCACUCAGGAGAAGGGCCUUAUAACUGCAUUGAAUGUGGGAAAUCUUUUCCCAGUAGCACUGGCUUUCGUUGUCAUCAGAAAAUUCACACUGGAGAUAGGCCUUAUCAAUGCAGUGAAUGUGGGAAAACAUUUACCACUAGCAAUGGUUUCCGUUAUCAUCAGAGAGUUCACACAGGAGAAAGGCCUUAUCAGUGCAGUGAAUGUGGGAAAUCUUUUAUCGCUACCACUCACCUUCAUCGUCAUCAGAGAGUUCACACUGGAGAAAGGCCUUAUGAUUGCAGCAAAUGUAGGAAAUCAUUUACUUGGAAAGUUAACCUUGGUCGUCAUCAGAGAGUUCACACUGGUGAAAGACCUUAUGUGUGCAAUGAAUGUGGAAAAUCUUUUACUGAUAGCAAUGGCCUGCGUUGUCAUCAGAGAUUUCACACAGGAGAAAGGCCUUAUGAGUGCAGUGAAUGUGGGAAGUCUUUUAUCACCAGCUCUCGCCUUCAUCAACAUCAGAAAGUUCACACUGGUGAAAGGCCUUAUGAGUGCAGUGAAUGUGGGAAGUCUUUUGCCAGUAGCACUGGCUUCCAUUAUCAUCAAAGUGUUCACACUGGAGAAAGGCCUUAUGAAUGUGGUGAAUGUGGGAAAUCAUUUACUUGGAAAGUUACCCUUCAUCGUCAUCAGAGAGUUCACACUGGUGAAAGACCUUAUGUUUGCAGUGAAUGUGGGAAGUCUUAUACCUCUCGCAGUGGCCUCCGUUGCCACCAGAGAGUUCACACUGGAGAAACGCCUUAUGAGUGCAGUGAAUGUGGAAAAUCAUUUACUUGGAAAGUUACCCUUCAUCGUCAUCAGAGAGUUCACACUGGUGAAAGACCUUACGUUUGCAAUGAAUGUGGGAAGUCUUACACCUCUGGCAGUGGCCUCCGUUGCCACCAGAGAGUUCACACUGGAGAAACGCCUUAUGAGUGCAGUGAAUGUGGGAAGUCUUUUGCCAGUAUCACUGGCUUCCAUUAUCAUCAGAAAGUUCACAAGGGAGAAAAGCCUUAUGAGUGUCGUGAAUGCGGGAAAUCUUUUACCAGGUUGUAUACCCUUCGUUGUCAUCAGAGAGUUCACACUGGAGAAAGGCCUUAUGAGUGCAGUGAAUGUGGAAAAUCUUUUGCUGUGACCUAUGGCCUUCGUUCUCAUCAGAGAAUUCACACUAGAGAAAGGCUUUAUGUGUGUAGUUAAUAUGGG